GCAUAUCACACACAAUGUUAUCCAAACACCAUUACCUAAGUUCACAAACGUGUAUAGUAUGCCCCAUGUUCAAUUUUCUAUGCCAAGCAAGUCCUCCCCGAAAGUGAACCUGACCUAACACACCCAAUAAUAACUUAUAUAUGUACAGGAUUAUAGCUCGGAAUCACCGUACUACAACUGUCGCUCACGUGGUGUCAACUCUCCGCCUCGGAGGAAAGGACUGUGUCACUUUUUAAACAGCCGUACAAUAAUGGAGGGCGUUCUACAGAUGCCGGGUUGGAUUUUGAUCUGGUUUUACUCCACCGCCGCCAUCUGUACGUGGGAUGCAAGCUUUAUUGUUUUCCGACCUCAUUCCCUGCCCGGGGGUAGACUGGCCUAUAUCUGGUACCUCUAUAAGCACUAUGUGACGGUGGACCAGCGGUAUGCUGAUCUGAAAGACGACUUUGUGUUUGCUCAGAGUUUACUAAAUUAUGUAGAAGUUGUCCUGAACAUCAUAGCGAUAAUCAUGCAUUACCGGAAGAGCCGCCAUACGGUUCCGCUGGCGUUCACAGUGACUGUUAUGACGUUCUGGAAGACAGUGCUCUAUUUCCUGAUGUACCUUGUCUCCGACACCUACCGGAAGAACAACACAAUGGUGGAACACAUUUUCCUUUUCGUGAUUCCCAACGGUUUCUGGAUCGUCGUCCCAUUCCUCGUAAUGAUCAAACUCUGGGGAUGUCUACUUCCGCGUGGCGAAGAUGAAGUCAGAGGAUUGGCGAACACCCGGAAACGAAAAACAAAGGCGUCGUAGAUAUUCCUAUCAUUUAAAGACUUUUCGUAUUACGCUAGUCUUACACAGACUUAAGUGCAUCAUUCUCCAUCAAGUUGUUUCAGUUAGUUAAGGGAGUAUGCUAGCUUACUAAUCUAUGGCAAUGUAUGGAUAUUUGUUAGCACGAAAACAUCGACACGCAUCUCCUUAAAAUUGAUUAUAAUGUAUGCAAUGAAGGUUCCAUAAUGCAUUGAGAAGACGACGAUAUUGGGAGAUGUACGACAACAAACUUGUGCUCAAUGCGUAAUUAAUCCUGGAUGUUUUAAUUAGUAUCAAUAUAUGAGCUGAAACAAAUAAAUAAUGAUAGGCUACAGCAUCCAUCGUCGGUCAAAGAUAAAGAAGACUAUACAGGUUGUAUAGCAUUAUAAAUAAAGGGAUAUAAAAGUCUACUUGUCA